AUGUGGUGCAGUGCAUCCGCGUAUCUUUCCUACUUUUUUGCUGAUUGUAUGAUGUCUCGAUGGCUUUUGAACUAUACCCCACCAGCUGUUGUUAUUCGUCUCCUUACUACAAACGGUUUGAUUGCUUAUAUCACUUCUUGGGUCCUCUACCUCUCUGGAGCUUCGUCCGACCCCCGUUGUCUUUUACCCGCCUGGAUAUCCAUUACCACUACCCUUACCUUCCUUUAUCAUGCUACCCAGAAUCACGCGACAAUCAAGCGUGAAACCGCAGCUGCACUUCUCGUCGUGGCUGUGGCCAGCUUCGUCAGCAUGUCAUCGCUUCUCCUUCAGUUGCAUCUGACGCGAGAGAAUGAGCCCGAAGUGCCCGUCUUCGUCAUCACUCGCAAGCUUUGGGAUUGGGCUGUGGCUAUCUUCCUUCGUAUGCGAGUGUCGGAUGGGCGGGCUCCACUUGGGGAAUUGUAA